AUGCCGUUGACAAAGCUUACUCCAAGGAAGCCAGGUUUCCUAUGUUCUAUUUGCCUUCUUCGACUACCCUCGCAUGAUCAGUGGCGAGAACAUCUUAUCACGUGUGCGACAGAAGACUUGAGGAAGCGGCGAUUUGAAUGCAGUCAGUGUGACAAAGCCUUUGCCAAAUCUUCACUUCUCGUUCGACACCAGAAAAGAGUCCACUGUUCGAAAGACACGGUAAAGGCACCAGAGACAUCCAGUAGUUUUAUGAAUGCUGUCGUCACAGAGUCAGAUGAUGACCAAGAAUGGCUUGAAGACCCUGGUGACCUUAUCUAUGAGCCCAACCUUGAAUCCGGCAGGACCAUUCGCAAGAAGACGUCUCCUUCACUGCCUGGAGUCAAACGCAAGGCACCCGAGCAAACACCAGACAAAGAAACGCCUACCUCAUCAAGUGUGAGUGCAGAGACAACUGGACAUCAAGAGGCGCCCUUGAUUCCAUUCCAUUGUCCCUGCUGCAAGACACAAACUACAACAAAUGACGCUAGCACACAGACAGAUGGGAGCAGUCACCAAAGAACAGUGCGAGUUAUCAGAAGAUAUCAGAAAGACGGAGAAAGUGUUGAGAGAUUCGAGGAGGAUAUUUGGAACGCAUGA